AUGUAUGGGCUAGAAGCAGCACCUUUGAAGAAGAUUGAAGAGAGGAAGAUGGAUGUAGCGGAGAUGAAGAUGUUGAGAUGGAUGGUGGGAGUCAACAGAACAGACCGAAUUAGGAAUAAGUACAUAAGAGGAACGGUGAAAGUAGUUGAAGUCUCCAAGAAGAUCCAGGAGUCAAGGUUGAGGUGGUAUGGACACUUGAGAAGAAGAGUUGGCGAAGACCACGUAGGAAGGGAGAUCAUGGAAAUGGAGGUGGAGGGAGUUAGAAGAAGAGGACGGCCCAAAAGAAGAUGGAUUGACUGCAUAAACGGAGAUCUUGGGGAGAAGAAUAUAAAUCCAGAGAUGGCAAACAAUAGAAAUACGUGGAGAAGGCUCAUUCACAACGGCGACCCCGAAUAG